UCUGCCAUUCUCACUCUGCUGCUCCGGACAUAGCGCCUUUGUUUCUCAUAGGAUUCCCCAAAUUCUCCUGAAUUCCUCGCCAUCUCGUCAAUCUUGUAAGGAAGUUCCUCCCGCCUGCCGAGAUCUGGUAUUACGCCCUCCGCAAGCGCUGCCCACGCUCGAAAAAUGGCCGCAAGCGACGACGCGGGCAAGGCGCUGCGCGACAGGGCGGUGGGGCUGAAGCUGGGCGACCCGUUUCCGGACUUCGAGGCGGACACUAGCGUGGGACGCAUCAAGUGGCACGACUACAUCGACGGCCGCUGGGCCAUCCUCUUCUCGCACCCUGCGGACUUCACCCCCGUGUGCACGACGGAGCUGGGCAGCGUGGCGAAGUUCGCAGAGGAUUUCGCAAACAAGGGCGUGAAGGUGGCGGCGCUGAGCUGCGACAGCGCUGACUCGCACCGCGCGUGGAUCCGCGACAUCGAGGCAUUCACUCCGGGCGUCAAGGUCACCUACCCUAUAAUUGCGGACCCGAGUCGCGACAUCGCGGUGCGGCUGGGCAUGCUGGACGCCGUUGCUAAGGACGCCGCAGGGCUGCCGUUGACGGCGCGCGCCGUGUUCGUGAUCGGCCCGGAUAAGACGCUCAAGCUCUCCAUCCUGUACCCCGCCACCACUGGACGCAACUUCCAUGAGAUUCUGCGUGUGAUUGACAGCCUUCAGCUGACCGCCCAGUACAGCGUGGCGACACCAGUGGACUGGAAGCAUGGAGACGACGUCAUUGUGGCGCCAUCAGUCAGCAACGAGGCAGCUACGGAGAAGUUUCCCAAGGGCUUUAAGACGGUGGACCUUCCUUCAGGCAAAUCCUACUUGCGCACCACACCCCAGCCAGAUCUGUAAAGUCCUACUUGCGCACCACACCCCAGCCAGAUCUGUUAAGUCCUACUUGCGCAACACACCCCAGCCAGAUCUGUUAAGUACCAGACAUUGGUGCACCUUGUAUUGUAAACCUUGUACAGGGCGUGUGAAGUAAGGUUGUGAGUUAUAACGUGCAAAUGUGAAGUUGAUUCUCAAUGUACAGGUGGAGCCUUUAUGACAUACUAUGGCCGUUCACAAUUAGUUAGCUUAUGUUGCAACACUGUAGUACGAAUCUUGAUUUCUUAUUACUAUUUC